GAAAUUGAUAAAAAUGUGGAAAGUUAUUGAAAUUCGUUUGCAGCUGAUGAAAAAGGCUAGCGGUUAUAAGCCCUUCCUGUACGAUGUUGCCGUGAACUUGUGUGAAUAUUUGGAAAAACGUAACCACCCAUUUCUCAAUAUUGUUUUUAACGCCUUCGGCAAUCACUCGACCAGUCCACAAAGGUGUCCAAUGAGGAAUGAGUUGGCCAUUGAGCAUUUACAAUUUCCUACUGGCAUGCUGCAGGGGUUGCCACUCCCCUUGGACGAAUAUGCGAUUUUUGCCAGUCUCUCAACCGAUGGCAGAAAACGUGCUGAAGUGAAGUUAUAUUUUAUGCUCAACGAUACUUACGAAUAUAAAAAUCUCCAGAGCGGAAUAUAAGAGGAAAUCCUACAAAAUUAAAAUAUAUAAAUUUUUUAGGUUAGAUGUUUUUUCGAAUAAAGUAUUGGUAUGAUUUCAUAGUUUAAA